AAGGAGAAGAAGAAGAAGACUGCACGCAUGCACAAUUGAAGCUGCUCCGUGAGACAAAGAAGGACGAAGGCUAACUACUUCCAGAAUCCCGAUUUUAAAGCAAUUUAGUGUGCCAUCCAUUUAUCCAUCCAUUUAUCACAAAUGGUUCCUUCUUUUGUGGUCGUUGAGUUCCUUGGUGAACGUGCAGUCGCUGUUGUCCCAACCAUAUGGACAGAAGGUGAUGGAAAGAAUAGCUUCUGCUAUUGGCCAAGGCCAAAUCCUACCCACUCCAGAAUCCGGAAAGCUGAGAUUCCUGACAAACAAUUCUGGGAUAGGCUGCCAAUUCAGGUUUUCAGGAAAACAUUGACUGAAGACUUUGACAAGGCCCUUCAAUACGAAAAACAAGCUGAAAUGUUUUCGAGCCCAGAAGAAGAAGUGUCAACCAAACGGAGCCACAUCACCCCUGAACGUUAUAGAAACGAUGAGGAAGAUGUGUUUGAUGCUGACGAUGAAGAGGAAAUUCGGCCAAAAAAGAAGUGCAGAAAAGAGAAACCACAGAUCUUCGUCCAGGCACCCCCACUGCCAGAGCUCCCACCAUUUAACUUUCCAAUCUCCAGCGAGUACCAGACCACUUCAGCCAGUACCAGCCAAUACCAGACCACUCCAAGGCAUCCAGGCCGACCUCACAGCCCAGCGAGAAGCAGCACUUCCAGGCUCAGUCCAGACAGGAAUGCAUCCAGCUCAAGCCAGUACCAGACCACUCCAGCCAGCUCAAGCCAGUACCAGACCACUCCAGCCAGUACGAGUCAGUACCAGACCGCUCCAAGAAGCAGCAGGAAUGCCCUUGACAGUGAACUUUUCCAGUUGAACAUGAAAGUUCAAAAUAUACUUGAGAACCAGGGAGAAAUUAUGCGCAUGCUGAAAGGGCUGGCAGCACAGUCUGUGGGGCCAGAAUCUGUGGAUGUUCAAGAUCUCAUUGAUAAGCCUUUCGAGACUCUUGAGCAGCUGAAGGCCUUCUGUGAACGGCUCAACACUGAUCUUCUGCUCAGAAAGCAGCUGAUAAUUAGUUUUAAUUCCCCACUGCAAAAAUAUAUUGCUCAGUUAUCAAAAAACAAUUUCUAAUCAAGUACAAUAUUGUUGUUUAUUUAUUUGUAUAGGUGAAAGCUCUUACUGCUCUUGGUGGGCAGAAUUUGGCAGACACGGUGAGGACAAUGCUGAGGAAAAUUGCCACAAACAAAGUCCUGGAGCAGCUUGGCCUCCGUGGAAAGACAGGAAAAGUGGCGUUUGAGGACUUGCCCCUUUACAGAAUAAUAAAUAUAUUUAUUCUAAAGGGAAUUCUAAAUUGUGCUGGUGAUUGCAUGAGGCAUGCAGGGGUGUUUACAAGCAGACGACCACAGCUGAAGUGGAUUGUGAGCUUGGAGAGGUCCUGAAACUGGCCACUUUUCGAAAGGGAGGUUCAAAAUUUGAGGAGAAGAGGAGGAAUUAAGAGGGAGGACAAAAAAGGAAAAAGAAACAAGCAAAAGAACAGAGUGAGAUGAGAGGAUUUGGGUUUCCCUGCUUGGGCUGCUGCCCCCGCGACCCGACCUCGGAUAAGCGGAAGAAGAUGGAUGGAUGGAUUUACUUCCAGGAAGAGAACCAAGAAGGGGCAGGAUACACUGACGCGCACGACCAAGACCACUGCAUUCCAUUCCAUUUGUAUUAUAGUUAUCACUAAUAAAGAAUUAUUUCUGUUGAAAUCACUAUCACUAAUAAAUAAUU